CCCCGCUCCUCUCCAGGGGGUCCCGCUGUCGCCCCGCUCCAGCGCUCAGGACAACACGAAGCCAGAGCGGGCAGAGCCCCCGGCCGUCCCCGCUGUCCCUCCUCACGUUCCCCGCCCAGCCGAGGGUCCGUCAGCUCCCGGCUCUGCCGCAGCCUGGGUUCCCCAUCCGACCCGCUCAUUCCCGGAUCACCGGCGCCGGGACGGGUCCCUGUUCGCGGGAGGAGUCCCCCCCGCGCUGCCUGACCCGUCCCCCCGUGUCCUGCCCCAGGGCUGUUUGUGCUGGAGCACCACAGCCUGCCCCACGCCAGGUCGGCUUUCCUGACCCCGGAGCAGCUGGGAGGGAUCCAGUUCGACCUGCAGCUGCUGUGGAGCGCUCAGACCUUCGACUCGCCCUCCCAGCUCUGGAGAGCGACCAGCUCCUACAACAGGUUCUUGAUCCCCAUCGCCUUCCAGCAGACAAACCGCCCGGUUCCUGUCGUCUGCUCCCUGAACACGGAGUUCCAGCUCUGCAACAACGAGAAGGUGUUUCUGAUGGAUGCCACCAAACCCGGAAUGUCCCUGGCAGAAAUGGAUUACAAAGGGGCUUUUUCAAAGGGGCAAAUCCUUUACGGCCGCGUGCUCUGGAACCCCGGACAGAACCUGAACGCCGCCUACGAGCUGCAGCUGGAAAAGGUCUAUCUGUGCACGGGCAAGGACGGGCACGUGCCUUUCUUCGACCCGACUGGCACCGUCUAUAACGAGGGGCCCCGGUACGGCUGCAUCCAGCCCAACAAGCACCUGAAGCACCGAUUCCUGCUCUUGGACCGAACGCAGCCCGAGGUGACCGAUCAGUAUUUCCACGACGUGCCUCUCGACGCCCACUUCGCUUCCGACCUGGCCGAGUUCCGCUCCGUCAGCAGCGUGCCCGGAGUCGACGGCUUCACGCUCAGGGUGGACGCUCUCUACAAGGUCCGUGCCCAGGGGGUCGGGGGCCCCAAAACUCCCGUCUCUGCCCGGGACGUCCCGGGUUCACUGGGUGAAUGGCGGGCGCCGGGCCCGACGCCGCGCAGAGACACCGAAUCCGCGCUGGGAGGCUCUGGCAGGAUUUUAUAUCCCGAUUUCCCCAGACGGGCCGUAUUUGUCCCCCAGUGGCCUGUGUCUGUUGUACCGUAA